UUCUCUCCCCAAUCUCAAUGCUCGGGCUGCAAUGUAACUCUGGCGAUGGGGACUCGAAACUUUACAGCAACACAUGGAUAGUACACCAGUGACAAAGGACGCGAGUAUCACGGAGCAGAGAAUGGAGACUGUGGAACAGCUCGUGUCCUUCCAUCACAUCCACGUCCAGCUGCACGGAGGUGCCCCCUGGGGAUUCACGUUGAAAGGAGGACUAGAGCACGGAGAGCCGCUCAUCAUAACAAAAAUCGAGGACGGAGGGAAGGCGGCUCAGUGCAAGAAGCUGCGAGUCGGGGACGAGCUGGUCAACAUCAACGGCUCCACGCUCUACGGCUCGCGACAAGAGGCCCUCAUCCUCAUCAAGGGCUCCUACAGGAUCCUCAAGAUGGUGGUUCGCAGACGGAGCGUGCCCGUGAUCAGGCCUCACUCCUGGCACCUGGCGAAGCUUUCGGAGCCCCCCGGCGCCGCCACCCCCGACGCCCCUCCUGCCAUGCAGCUCCACCCAGUGCCCUUCAGCGUACCGUGGCACUCCGGGGGCGACAACAGUGACCUGUCCAUGCAGUGGAGCCAGCUGUCCCGACACUGCAGCACCGACCGCAGCAGCUCGCUGGGCAGCAUGGAGAGCCUGGACCCUCCCAGCCAGGGCUACUACGAGAGCCAGCUGUCGCCCGUCGACCCCGCCAUCUUCAACAACAAGAGGGACUCGGCCUACAGCUCCUUCUCCGCCAGCUCCAACACCUCCGACUACACCGUGUCCCUGCGGCCGGACGAGGCCAGCUCCAUGGACAACCUGCUGCACGGCCUGGGGCGCUAUGGCGAUGGGCGCUGCCCACACUCCACCAAUGAGGCGGGGGACUUCCCCGAGGAGGGCGCCGCCAAGACCCAGUCCCUGUCCCGGCGCUCCGAGGCCCGGGCCAGGCCGUCUUCCUACAGCUAUGAGGAGGAGAGGGGCGCCCCCCCCAGCGGGCCCCCGCAGCCACCCGCACGCAGGGACAGCUUCAGGGCGACGCGGGGCCGCCCGGGGGCCGCCGACAAGCGCUGCGCCUCCGCCCCCGUCGACAUCCUGAGCCUGACAAGCUGCGCGGCGGAGGACGCGCCCAAGAACGCGGCAGGGUGCCCAUGCGAGUCCUGGGGAGAGGCGGCCUGCAAGGGGAGCCGACUGGAGCAGUACUACACCCUCAGCUCCCAGCUGGAGCCCUGCCGCGACUGUGACCGGGGCCUGGACCCCAAGGAGGGCGCCCCGUCCAGACGUCCACCCACACCGGAGGGCGGCUCUCCCACCCCCAGCCCCCCUCCAACAGAGACCUCGCCGGGAGGGGGAAGGAGUGAGGAUCCCCCUGCACACCAGCUCCUGCCACCCACCAACAAGCACCAACUCGGAGGCCACCGGCACAGCGCCCCUGAGAAGCUCCUGUCAGCCCAGCUCCGCCUCCUGGAGCUGUCUGGCUCCCGGGCGGAUGGUACCCUGUCCCCCUGCAGCCAGUGGUCCAAAUCUCUCCUGUGCCCCAUGGAGCAGCCGGCGAGCCCCGUGCCGAUCGACGCGCCCCAGGGAAAGUGGGGCGGGAGCAGGUGCUCCACCCCGGGCUCGGCGGCUCCCUCAGAGAUGGAGGAUCCUCAGGUGGAGGUGGAUGCCUCGGGCUCCGCCCCCGGCCCGUCCCCGGUCCCGCACCCCUGGGGCCGCUCCGUCAGCGUGCCAGGGGAAUCGGCGGGGGCCGACUCAACUUCUGAAUCCAGCAUCCUGUCCAGGGACUUUGGGGGGCUCAGCGGGUCGGCCAGCAUGGACACCCUGCUGGAGGAGGUGCGAGAAGGAGGGGGCAGGGGUGGGGGCGAGGCCCCGAAGCCGAAGCCUGGCUCGUCCCGGCAGCACCGCUCAUCCAAGUCACGCCGGCGCAGCGAGCGCUUCGCCACCAACCUGCGGAACGAGAUCCAGCGCAAGAAGGCACAGCUGCAGCGGAGCCGGGAGGGGCCCGGGGCCCUGCUGUAUGGGGAGGAGACGGUGGAGGAGGAGGAGGCCGGGGAGGCCGUCCCGGAGCCGCAGGCCCGCCUCCUUUCGCUGCCCUCCCAGCCCGACCGCGCCCGCCGCUACCGGGCCCCGUCCCCGAGCGCCGCCGGCCCCCUCAACAGGCUGGUCUCCAGCUCCACGCCUCAGCUCCACGUCAUGGCCCCUUCUGUCCCCUGGAGAAGAGACCCUGACAGCGCGCGGGACCACCCGCAGGCCUCUCAGCGCCCUGGCCCGGCCGACCCUGGCCGAUCGGACGAGCUGUCGCUGGCGGGGAAGGCCAGGAGGUGGCGCUGGACCCCGGAGCUGAAGCUGCAGCCGGAGCUGGACUCGGAGAAGAGGAGCGGUGGGAUCGGGGGGGUGACCUCCGCGGUGCAGCCGGGCAGGGCCGUCACAUCCGUCUCCCGCUCCUCCUCCCGAUCGGACGACUGCGACAUCCCUCCUUUCGCCGACCGCAGGAGGUUCUUUGAGGAGACCAUCAGGAGUCUCUCCGUCUCAAACCUGCCAAGCCUGACGAGUCGCCGCCAGAGACCAGAGAGGCACGGCGUUCAGCCGCGUCCAGCCCAGCGGGAUGCACCUGAGAGCGCCCCUGAGCCAGGCCGGAGGAGGUUCUCCUACCAGGGGGGCGUUCAGCCGGAGAUAUCCCCCCACGGCCCCCCGGAGGCCAGGAGGCAGAGCGUGAGCAGCAGCGGGCGGGACAGGGUCUCUGCGGACCCCGAACGGGACCCCGAACGGGACUUCUGCAGAGACAGAGUGCAUAGCCCCGUGGUGCCAAAGCCCCAACAGCGUCCCCUGUCUGACGAAGCCAGCAGGACUCCUAGCCCCAACCAGUGUCCGUACGAACACCACAACACCCACUCCCCCCGCUCCCCCCGCUCCGCCUUCCACCUGGUGCCUAGCCCCGCCUCCCAGGACAACCACCAUUCGCGCCUGGGCUACGACCACAGGAGCCGGACUCCUACCGAGGCAUAUCCUGUGCGAGAGAGGGAACAAACGAAACUCAACAGGAAGUUCAGUCUGACGGAGAGGGAUUAUGGACGGUGCAGAAGAGACCUCCAGCCAGCAGAGGGCGACUCCAGGCUCCCGGAGAGGCUGUCUGUGUGCAGCGUGGAGGAACUGCAGCCGCCAGCACAGUACCCGCAGCGAGGCCGCGCCCUUUCAGAGAGCGACAUCCGCCUGGACGCGCAGCGGCUGUGCACGCGCAUGGCGGCUUUCACGCCGCCCACGUUGAGCGAGCUCGAGGAGACCACCGCCGCGCCCAAGAAGAAGGGGCCGCCACGGCCGCCACCCCCCAACUGGGAGCAGUUCCACCGCAGGAGGGCUUCCCACCAGGGCCUCCUCUCGGCGUCCUACCACAACCUCCCGUCCUCCGCCUCCUCCUCCCCGCCGCCCAGAGACGGCCCCUCCUCCCAGCGCUCCGGGCUCCUCUACCCCAACAGCACCGCCCGCCCUCCCUUCGACCCCGACGCCACCCGGCCGAGGUCUCACAGCCUGCCCCCGGCGAGGGAGGAGCCUGAGAGCGGCCCUGCCUUCACUCUCAGAGCCUUCAGACCCGUGGCCCCGUCCCCUAAAGAGCACAGCCUGCCGCUCCAGCACCCGAACCCGCCCAGGCUGAAGGGCACGGUCAUGCCUCCAGCAGAGCCCUGCACCAGGCUGACAGAGCCAGAGGCGGAUUUGGUUCAGGACAGGCCGGCCGCGCUGGCGCCCGUCUCCGUGACGCGGCGGAGCACAGCGGAGUGGGACAGGGGCCCUGCGAGCGGGAGUCGGCGCGGCUCGGGGGUCUCGGCGGCGGACGUCGGUGGCAGCUCCCGCCUGGCUCCGCCUUCGCCUCAGUCCUAUUUCUCUGUAAACUGCGAGCAGCAGCAGCAGAGGGAACAGCGCUUCGCCCCGGCCUGCCCCGCCCCCGCCCCCGCCCCCGCCCCCGCAGGGGAGGAGCUCAACGGCCCCUUCGAGACCGACAUCGACGAGUUCCGCGACGGGGUCGCCGAGGGCCCGAUCGCCGCCGAGACGCAGUGCUUCGCCCAGCCCGUGACCGUCCUGGAGACGGACAUCGACUCCCUCCCCGAGGAGCAGCCCCCUCCCCCGGCCGUUUCGAGGACGCCCCGCGGCUCCGUGGUGGAGGCCCUCCUGGUGGAGGACUCUGGGGUGAGGUCCCGGGCUGACCUCAUGGGGGAGCUGUUUCCCCACAGCGCAGAGGGAGAGGCGCGCGGGGAGACCUGGAGAGGCGGCCACAGCCUCCUGGAGCACAGCGUGGACACCCUGGAGAGGCGCUCCAGGCAGGGACCUCCUUGUACUCAAGGUCCCGGUUCCGGCAGCUCCUCCUACCAGAGUACCUCUGCUGCUAAAUCCCAGCUCCUGAACAAGAUGAAGGAACUGUCAGAGAUGAAUGACAAAGCUGAAGACGAGGAGCUCUCCUACAAGCGGCAGCUGAUGGAGAGCCUGCGGAAGAAGCUGGGGGUGCUCCGGGAGGCCCAGCGCGGCCUGCAGGAGGACAUCCGGGCCAACGCCCAGCUGGGCGAGGAGGUGGAGGCGCUGGUGCUGGCCGUCUGCAAGCCCAACGAGGUGGACAAGUACCGCAUGUUCAUCGGGGACCUGGACAAGGUGGUGAGCCUGCUGCUGUCGCUGUCCGGCCGGCUCCUGCGCGUGGAGAGCGCCCUGGACUGCCUGGGCUCCGAGUGCAGCCACCACGAGAGGCUCCCCCUGCUGGAGAAGAAGAAGCUGCUGCAGGUGCAGCUGGGCGAGGCGCAGGAGCUGAAGGAGCACGUGGACCGCAGGGAGCAGGCCGUGUGCCGGGUGCUGGGCCGCUGCCUGACCCCCGAGCAGCUGCGCGACUACAGCCACUUCGUCAAGAUGAAGGCGGCGCUGCUGGUGGAGCAGAGGCAGCUGGAGGACAAGAUCCGGCUGGGGGAGGAGCAGCUGCGGGCGCUGCGGGAGAGCCUGGGGCUGGGGGUGGCCGUGCCCGUCGGCCUGGGCUACGGCCGCUACUGACCCCCGCGGCAGGACACCCCGCAGGGACGGCUGGGACAGUGACACUGAGGGACUGAGGGACAACCUGCGCUAACCGGGCUCCUUAAUCUGGGCUUUUUGUGUCAUAACUGGGGAGAGGGAGCCGAAGACUGAGCAGGGGGUGUGGGGCACAGAGACCCGUGUUUUGUUGUAUGAAUAAUUUGGGGGGGGGGGUGUCCCCUCCGUUGCCUUACGCUUCCGUUAAGCGUUGCCUUGUGGCCUCCCUUUGCCUUCUGUUGAUAACACUACUUCAGAGGUGAGCUCACCCCUCUCCUCUGUGGAUUUUUGGUGCCGUAUUAAAACCACACACCUCUGAGAGAGUGACCGCAUGGAGCUUCUUCUCAUGCGCGGUGCUGGGCCGCCGUUGGCUGACGCCAGCGGUGACCACAACCUUACACACUACGUCCAAAGUGCCCUUUCACGCGUGUGUUAGAGCAGACUGAGCAUUGGUCCCUCUAGGCACUGCUAUUUAUUUAUUUAUUUAUCUGCAGGGGAGGGGCCAGGUGGAGCUGGCCAAUCCCUUUAACCGUCCCACGAUCCUUUGAGCUGGUAGACGGCGGCGUUUCCCGGGCGUCUGCAGAAGGACCCUGUCCCGUUUCAGGCCCCCAGUACGCUCUCCAGGACCUCCAAACAUAUCAGCAGAUGUACUCUGUGUGCUAGCGCGUGCCAAGUUCACCUUCAAGGCGAGACGCUCAGAGAGUCAGAGGCUGUCAGUGCAGGCCAAGCCGUCCGCUUGCCUUGGCUGUUAAUGCAGUGUGUCCAUGCUAAACGGAAGUCGUCCUCUUGCUGUGUGUUGCAGUGCAAUGUUUGUCAUGUGCAUCCAGGGAAAUGACUAGUGUCUCUUCAAACUGACCUCUGUACAGUCUAUUCUUACAGAAAGUGACUGUUUUGUUUUGUGUGUUACGAGCUUGCCAGUUACUGAAAUUAAUGAAGAAUGUUAAUGAAGAAAAGAAGGUAACAUUCUUUAAAAGUGAAGGACAAAAUGGUGGUACAGCUGGAUUAAAUGGUGGACCAAGAAGCGCAUAUUAAUGUCAGCAGCGUGAGGAUGGACGCUUUAAAACCGGGCUCGUCGCAUGCUUGACGUUAGAUCACGAUGCAGCGGAGACAACUUCAGCCUGCGCCUGCCUCCACACUACUGCAACACCUCCAUCCCAGGGAUGAAGCAGGGAUCGAACCAGACACACAGAUGCCACAGAAACACUAAGAAAUCAGCUCAGAUGCGGGCAAAGACCAUUGAGCGCCGCCCGUUUAAUGUAUAAAAACACUAGAACUAGGUCCUGUUCCCGUGGUGCUGGCGACAGUGUCCCCCCCCCCC